AUGUCUCAAGACCACCGAAAAUUGGAUGCCAAAAGUAUUUGCAACAGCAUCAUGCCACUAGUGAAAGAUAGUCCAAUCAUUCCUAUGUCAACAUUGAUUGCAGACAUGCAAGCUCGAUUUCAGUACAAAGUUUCGUAUAGGAAAGCGUGGUUGGCGAAACAAAUGGCUAUGCAAAAAUUGUACGGAGACUGGGAUGAGGCAUACAAUGAACUUCAGGGUUGGAUUUCAGCGAUGGUGGAGUACAUCCCAGGAACUAUCGUGGACUUGCAAACAGCCUUCCCCUACUGCAAACUACUAGUGCAAGUUGAUGAAACAUGGCUUUAUGGAAAAUACACGCAAAUACUUCUGAUUGCGGUUGCACAAGACGGUAAUGGAAAUGUACUACCAAUCGCUUUUGCCAUCGUGGAGUCUGAGAACUCCGAAUUGUGGGCGUAUUUCAUUCAGAACUUACAGAGACAUGUUGUCAAGCAAGACAACAUUUGCAUUAUCUCCGACAGGUCGAAAGGUCUUGUUGCUGCGAUUCGACAAUCUGAGCUUCCAUGGAGGUCCGUCUAUUGUAUUCGUCACAUUGCUGUGAACUUCCACAAUCAGUACAAGAACAAAGACUGGCGCAAACGAAUUGUGAACAUGGGAUACGAGCUGGAAGCACACCGUUUCAAACAUAAGUUGGCGAGGUUAGAGACUGAUAUGGCGGGGUUCAAUCCUUCUCUCAGACAGUGGUUAGGUAGCAUGGAGCCAUGGUAA